AUGGUCUUAUUGUUCUUACGGAUGAGCAACAUCAUGGCAAGACACAACUGGCAUUUUCCAAUCCAGUUGGGUUCUUUGAAUUCUUCAUAUGUACUCUCUCUCUCUCUCUCUCUGAAACUUGGUCUGUCGAAAGCCAGAAUCCACCACAGCCAAGCAGCAUUGACACUGGAGUUCGACGUGUUCAGGCCUUGUUGCGCAUUAGCAUUAUAUGCUGGUCAUAUUAUAAUAUCUAGAUUUCCUUCUCUGGUUGCAAAAGAAUAUUUCAGGGAUUAUGGGAAGAUACAGAAACGGUAUGUCGUGGGGAGGAUAGCUGAAUCGGGUCACCGAUUUUAA